AUGCGGGCUCUACAAGUCGCAGGCAACGUGACGUACAGCCCGUCGGCCGGCGUGUACACCCGCUGCGCGUGGGUGUCCGGCAAGGAGCUGUGCGGCCCGUUCGCCAUCGAGGGUCUGGCCACGCCCUCGCACAUCUUCCCCGGCUGCUGGAAGGCCGCCUUGGUGCUGCUGUUCGCCGGCCUGGCCGUCGCCUCCAUGUCCGCCCUGGCCUCCAUCCUGGCCAUCUGCAAGCAGGCGCUGUGCCGCAAGAGCAUCUUCACCAUCUCCGGGGCGGCUCAGGCAGUAGCAGCUAUCUUAUACAUUUUGGGCUUUGUUCUGUAUCCUGGUGGGUGGGGCUCCCCUCGUGCUCAAAAACUUUGUGGCGAUGAAGCAGCUCCAUUCUACCCAGCAGAAUGUUCUAUUGGCUGGGGCCUAUAUGCAGCUGUUGGCAGCAUGGGUCUGACUCUGCUUUGUGCACUUCUGUCAAUGCAAGCUGAUAUUGCAACAUCUAGUGACAAGGUUGAGUUCCAAAUACAGCAAGGCCGCUCUCUUAUUUGCUUGUGAUGCAGCCAACUUCUUACCUAUCUUGCUCACUUCUCGAGUCAAGAGGCCAUCUCUAUCACUGUAUGUGUUGUACAACAAGUUCAGCUCAUUGUGAUUUGUGCUGUAUUAGAGGAAGCCAGGCUACAUCUAGAUGGCACUGAUGCUGCAGUCCGAAUACUCACCACACCAUCCAUACCUUAUGAGGAAUUCAAAGCCACAAUCCAGAUUUUGUGUUCUUGGAUAGCUCCUGCACCAAGCUCUUGCACCAUGCAGGCUGGUCAGGAUGGAAGCAAGAGGGUUGAAAGGUGGUUGGGACAACCCCCACCUUGUAGCAGCACACCAGCAAACAUGCAUACUCAAGAUGGUAUUCAAAAUGAGACCACAAAGGCACAUCCCCAUUAG